AACUAGUCACGUGACAGGCUACAGCUCAUAUAGUCAUGUGAUGAGGAAUCGUCACUAAUAUUAUCCAGCAAACAACAAUUCGAAAACAAAGUCGUUCCUUGCGUUGAGAGUCAAUGAAUGUCACCAAAAUGAGGAUUCUGUUGGCCUUCUGUGUCCUCCUAUGCAGCUCAUUGAUUUUGAGUCAACAUCUUGAGGCUGAUCAGGACAUCUUGAUACCAGAAGACUGGACUCGUGUAGGCAGGAUCGACCCCACAGAGAAGUUGGAGCUGACCUUUGCUUUGAGGCAGCAGAAUGUGGAUCAACUGGAACACCUGCUGCUACUGGUUUCGGACCCUGCUUCGGCACAAUAUGGCAAGCAUCUGACUCUAGAGGAGGUGGCCGCUCUCGUACGUCCAUCCCAGCUGACCCAGAAAGUGGUUCGUCACUGGCUGCAGAGUCACGGGGUCACAGACUGCCAGACCAUCCUCACUCAGGACUUCCUCCAAUGCACCAUGAACACGCAAGUGGCAGAGGCCUUGCUUCCAGGCAUUGAGUUUCACCGCUACGUAAGAGAUGGCAUCUUCCUGGUGAGGUCAUCAUCUGCAUACCAGGUGCAUGAGGAUGUUCUCCAACAUCUUGACUUUGUUGGAGGUGUUCACCGCUUUCCACCCAGGGGGCAGGGCCUCAAAGUCUUGACAAAGAGGAGACGGUCUGGAGCGAAGUUUCAUCUUGGAAACACACCCGCCACCCUCAGAUCUCGCUACAAUCUGACCGCAGCGGACGUGGGUUCAGCUCAGAACAACAGUCAAGCCGUGGCUCAGUUCUUGGAGCAGUUCUACCACCCUGCUGACCUGGCUGAGUUCAUGACGCUGUUUGGACAGAGUUUCCAGCACCUGUCUAAGAUUGACCGGGUGGUGGGUGUUCAGGGAGCAGGGAAGGCCGGUCUGGAGGCCAGCCUGGAUGUAGAGUACAUCAUGAGCACAGGGGCCAACAUAUCUACAUGGGUCUUCACCAAUCCAGGUCGGCAUGAGACCCAGGAGCCAUUCCUCCAGUGGAUGAUGCUGCUGAGCAACAUGACAGACAUCCCUUGGGUCCACACCAUCAGCUACGGGGACGAUGAGGACAGCUUGUCCUCCGCCUACAUGAUGCGCAUCAACACUGAGUUCAUGAAGGCUGGCGUACGGGGCAUUUCUAUACUGUUUGCCUCAGGUGAUAGUGGAGCUGGCUGCAGACACUUGACCAAAGGAGAGAAUUCUUUCCGACCAAGCUUUCCUGCAUCAAGCCCAUACGUGACGACAGUGGGGGGAACUUCAUUCAAGAAUCCAUUCAAGGUCACCUAUGAGGUCACUGACUACAUUAGUGGCGGCGGCUUCAGCAAUGUUUUUAAGAUGCCGGACUACCAGGUCAGUGCUGUGGAGGGUUAUCUGAAAGCAGUGUCGGGUCUCCCUCCAAAGACGUACUUCAACAACAGUGGACGGGCCUACCCAGACAUAGCCGCUCUCUCAGACAACUACUGGGUGGUCACCGACAGGGUACCCGUCCCCUGGGUGUCUGGUACUUCGGCCUCCACCCCUGUGGUUGGUGGAAUCCUCUCUCUGAUCAAUGACCAGCGCUUUCUGAAAGGCCUGCCUUCUCUGGGCUUCCUCAAUCCCCGCCUGUAUCAGCUGCAGGGCCAGGGACUCUUUGAUGUGACUGAUGGUUGUCACCUGAGCUGUCUGGACGAGCAGGUCCAGGGGCAGGGUUUCUGCGCGGCACCGUCGUGGGACCCAGUCACCGGAUGGGGAACGCCCAACUACCCUGCUCUGCUGGCUGCGCUGGUGUUGGAGAAAUGAACGCCUGGUGCUCUGUUCAGAAAGUGGAAAUGUAACGAAGGUAGUGUGUGGAACAAACCUUUGUCUGCGGUGUAGAGUAGGGAUUGUGUCGGCUCUAUAUUUGUUACAUUUCUAGCUGCAACAUUCUGAACGUUUCACCUCAGAAUACAACCCUGACAAUUUUGAAGUAUUUCAGCUGCCUGCUUAUAUGGUGUCUAGCAAUGUCCCCUUCCAUUGUAAAUUACACUGGACAGAUACUUUAUUUUUAAAUGGAAAAUGCAAUUUUGGCGUAUCCUUCGUCUCAGGUUGUUUGAUAUUUUUUGAAGGAUGGACUCAUUUAAUGUGGUCAGUGAUGUAAAAUGUACAUUCUCACUGUUACAAGUUCAUCAGUCAGCCAUAUGAUUGCAACCAGAUCAGGUGGGGUAAUCAAUGACAAGGUACGUAGGCCGGGGGGGGGUUAAAACAACAAACACCUGUUUAUCUUGUUUAUGCAUGCGUGUUCUGAUUAAUAUUUCUGCUCAAAGGGGGGUAAAGUUAGGCUCAUGCUAUACAUUUAUCUGAAUCUUGGACAAAGUUUUGUAUGAGGAGAGAAGCAACAUUUACCACCAUGGCGUUACUGAUUUUAAAAUAUGUUCUGCUGUGCUUGCACACAGAGGCCUAUACCAAAUACUUACCUAUUUAAAUCUUGAUGUGCUCAUUGAACAAAUUAAUUCUGCUAAUCUCUAUCCACCAGAAUUGUUGCACAUAUUUUUACUUUUUAAUAGAUUUUGGGGGAAAUGGUCCAUGCAAUGUAUUAAAGACUGCAUAUGUCACAUUGAUUGUAAACAUGCUUGUUAACUUGUUUUUUGCCUUUAGGAAUUAAACUGUGUACUUACUGGUGGUGAAA